AUGGAGGAGAUCCCCACCUGGGCACCUGACACCAGGGACAUCUCAGAAGGAUGGCUGGCACCCCGGAAGGCCAGAGCAGGCCAGUCCCUGUCCUCUGUUCUGAAUGAGCUCCCCAGUGCGGCCACCCUCCGAUACCGAGGUCCUGGCGUGUUGCCUUGGGGGGCACUGGAGGAGGAGGAGGAAGAUAGAGCCGAGAGCAUCCAGGCCUUCAUGGAAGCCUCCCAGAACGAGACGCAGGAACCUCGACCCUCAAGAGAGUUGCCCUGGCCCAUGCAGGCCCGACGGGUGCACAGGAAGAGAGUCAAUCAGGGCCAAGUGACCCAUGGCUCAGGAUCUAGGGCAGAGAACUGGGCGCGGAUGCUGCGGAGAUCCAGAGAAAAGAUGCGGGAAAACUGGCGUACCCUGCAGCCCUGGUCAUGGACACUGAAAAAGAUUGGGGGUCAGUUCGGGGCUGGCACCGAAUCCUACUUCUCUCUGCUGCGCUUUCUGCUCUUUCUCAACGUGUUGGCCGCUGUGCUGAAGGCAUGCAUGACACUUCUGCCUACCUGGUUGGAAGGGAACCCACCGGGGCCCCCCAACCCUAGCAUCUCCUCGCCCUGCGGCUCCUACAACCCAAACCCCCAGGGCCUGAUCACCUUCUCCAGCCAGCUCUUCAACUUGCUCUCAGGAGAGGGCUAUCUAGAAUGGUCUCCUCUCUUCUAUGGAUUCUACCCGCCCCGCCCGCACCUGGCACUCACAUACCUGUGCUCAGUCUUCCUCAUUGGCCUCGUCUGUCUCCUGCUCAUUUUGCACCGUUCAGUGUCCGGGAUGAAGCAGACGUUGUUGGCCGAGUCGGGGGCGCUGACCAGCUAUAGCCAUCGUGUGUUCUCGGCCUGGGACUUCGGCCUCUGCGGGGACGUCCACGUGCGACUGCGCCAGCGUAACAUCCUCUUUGAGUUGCAGGUGGAGCUCGAGGAAGCAGUGGUUCGGCGCCAGGCUGCAGUGCGGACCCUGGGCCAGCAAGCCCGAGUGUGGCUGGUCCGAGGGCUACUCAAUCUGCUGGUGAUGGCGCUUCUGGGGGCAGCCUUCUAUGGCAUCUACUGGGCUACGCAGUACACCGUGGAGCUGCAGGAGAAGCCCUUUGUCCAGCAGACUGAACUGCUGAAACUCGGGGUGGACUACCUUCCGUCCAUCUUCAUCUCCGGGGUCAAUUUGGUGCUGCCGCCCGUCUUCAAGCUUCUUGCUCCGCUGGAGGGCUACACUAGGAGCCGCCAGAUCGUUUUUAUCCUGCUCAGGACGGUGUUUCUCCGCCUCGCCUCGCUAAUGGUCCUGCUCUUCUCUCUCUGGAAUCGGAUUACCUGCGGGGGCAACUCUGAGGCUCAGGAGUGCAAAACCUGUGGGUACAAUUACAAAGAACUUCCGUGCUGGGAGACUCGAUUAGGACAGGAAAUGUACAAACUCCUGCUUUUUGAUCUGCUGACGGGUUUAGCAGUCACGCUGCUCAUCCAAUUUCCUCGAAAGCUGUUCUGUGGCCACUGUCCUGGGGCUUUGGGUCGUCUGGCUGGGACUCAGGAGUUCCAGGUGCCCGACGAGGUGCUGGGGUUGAUCUACGCGCAGACGGUGGUCUGGGUGGGGAGUUUCUUCUGUCCUUUACUGCCUCUGCUCAACACGGUCAAGUUCCUGCUGCUUUUCUACCUGAAAAAGUUGACCCUCUUCUCCGUCUGCUCCCCGGCUUCUCGCACCUUCCGAGCCUCCACGGUGAAUUUCUUUUUCCCCUUGGUCCUCCUGCUGGGCCUGGCCAUCUCUGCAGUGCCUGUACUGUACAGCAUCUUCUGGAUCCCUCCUUCCAAGCUGUGUGGACCCUUCCAGGGACAGCAGUCCAUCUGGGCCCAGAUCCCUGAAUCUAUCUCCAGUCUCCCUCAGGCCUCCCAGAACUUUCUCUUCUUCCUGGGCACUGAGGCUUUUGCUGUGCCUCUCCUACUGGUAUCCAGCAUCCUGAUGGCCUAUACCGUGGCCCUGGCCAACUCAUAUGGGCGCCUCAUCUCUGAACUCAAGUCCCAGAUAGAGAUGGAGUCGCAGAAUAAAGUCUUCCUGGCCCAGCAGGCCGUGGCUCUGAGCUCGCCUUCCCAUUUGUAA